UUGUGUUAGUCAUAUGCUGUUUGCAUAUUUACUAUUUGUAUUUUCAGGUUUUCCUCACAGAUGGGUCAUCUUACGGAGUAGUGUUUAGUUUGUUGGAUGAUUUGGAAGAAUUUGCAAAACCAAGAGAUAUUCAUAAAGGACACUUUGAGAUGACUAAUCUCCAAAUGAUCAUAUUCUGGAUAAGGUCGAUUUACGAACACACCGUAGUGCUACAUCGCACCGACAAGAAACCGUUGAUUAAUGGCACGAUCGCAUCACCCCCAAUUAGUCUGAUUGGGACGCACAAGGACCUUCUAGAAGGAAGCGAUGCUGAGAAGCAGGCACAGAUUGAAGCCAAAUUCAGAAGGAUAUUUAAGGAAAUCGAAGACACACCGUACGAGAGUCAUGUUGACCGCAAUAUGUAUGCAGUAGCUAACAAUGCAAAAAUGGAUGAAGGGAUUGAACGAUUAAAAACCAAUGUUGGUGGUUACAUGAAGGGAAUGGCAAAAACUAUUCCCAUUAAUUGGGUUGACUUUCAAACUAAGGUACAAGACGCUGGGAAGACAACAAUGCACAUGUCCUUGAAUGAGAUCACUAAGAUUGCUGUUGAUUGUGGUAUUAAUGAAGAUAACGUCAUCCAUGUCCUUAAUUACCUUAAUGAUGUUGGAAUCAUUCUGUAUUCGCCCACUAACAAGAAGUUGGAGAACACAGUGAUUAUUAACAUCCAUAUGCUGAUUGGAAUCUUCAUGAAAGUCAUCACAGUUGUAAAACCUAAUGAUGUUGUCAAGAUUCCAGUGAUGGUAAAGUAUUGGCGUAAAUUGGAUAAAGAAGGGAUUCUUGAGGAACAUCUAGUACGUUAUUUAUGGAAAAAUGAACUUACUGGCAGUCACGAUGACAAUGACGUCUUUGAAGACUGCAUUGAACUCAUGAAGACGUUUGGGCUUCUCUUUGAAAAGAAUGCACCAGAAGUGGAUGCUCGACUUUUUGUCGUGCCUUCUCGGAUGAAGACCAUGCCUAAUAAUAGAUUGGAGAUUAAGAAAGACAAUGAGCAGACAGUAUCCAUCUAUGUGACGCCUAAAGACUUUCUCCCCGAUGCCGUCUACGAUGUCUUGGUCGUUAGAUUUGUAAGCUUGAGUCAGGAUAGGGGUUGCCGUGGUGACCCUAAAUUGUUUCAGAAUAAGGCUGAAAUUAUAUUCGAUGAUAAGCAUUGUGUGAGACUAGGUCGGAUUUUCAUUGACAACAAACAGUCUUUGAAACUUGAAAUAUCACGGAUGAAAGAGCGAGACGAACACUGUGUGGACAAGCCAACGUGCAAGCCGCAUCCCAGCGUAUGUACAGAGGUUUUGAACAUGUUAAAGCAACAUCUAGAUGAGGUAUAUCCGUCUAAGAAAGUUGUUGGCUAUUCUCUGAACAUACUUUGCUUUGUCUGCGUGAACCCAGAGACACCACACUUUCAAGAACUUGAGUACUGCUUAAAGAACGAGUAUACAAAUUGUGAUAAAACAGGAGAACUUAUAGUAAUGCCAACAGCUAAAGUACAGAAUCUAUUUGUGGCAGGUAUGCGAUUUGUUUUCAUUUAUUUUGAAAUUAUUAAAAACAAGUACUGUACAGAAACUGAUGAGAAUGAAAAACAACAAAAUUUCAGGAUAACAUCUUAA